UCGAGACGACGCCGGAACAGUGGUGCCGCCGCCUCGUCCGCCCCCGCCUGCCGCAUACGUCGGGAUGCUCAGACCACCGGUAAAAAAGGUCGACCAGACGAAGAUGGAGAGACGAAGGCCACCGAUUUACAGGCCGAAGUCCAGGACUGAUACUAGUAGCGCCAGCGGAAGUCGUGGCGACAGUAGUAGGCUGCGCGGGGACGGGGGCGGCAGCAGCGAUGAAGACCGCCAACAGCAAGACUUACGUCAGAGACUUCAAGACGAGGCUGCCCUCUAUAGACGACGACUGGAUACUUACAAACAAGCUCAGCAGAACCAGGCGGCACUUGUCAGUCGUCUACAAGCCAAAGUCUUGCAGUACAAACAGAGAUGUACCGAUCUCGAAUCACAAAUGGCUGAAUAUUCCGAACAACCUUCAUCUCUGAAAACUUAUCCUAGUCUUCCUGGACCCAGUUCAGCUUUGGAACAAGCCCAGCAACACCUGAGGGAAUCCAGGGAGGACCGUAUCUCAGAUCUGGAGACUGCUCUACAAAAAUUAAGCGAAGAACGAAAAAAGUCUGAAAAAUUGAUACAGCUCAACAAAAUCCUGCGUGAUCAACUGGAAGAAUCGCACAAUACAAACGAAACCCUCACUGCCGAUCUACAGAAACUCACCAAUGACUUUGAAACGCUCAGGGAGGAGAUGUUGCUCAAAGAAGAUGAGUGGAAAGAUGAAGAACAAGCAUUUAAUGAUUAUUAUAGCACUGAACACAACCGUCUCCUGAACCUCUGGAGAGACGUGGUAUCAGUCAAAAGACACUUUAUGGACAUCCAGUCGAACACUGAACGAGACUUGCACAAAAUUAAGGCAGAAAUAUCCGAAGCUGGCCGAGAAAUGUUGAUGGCCUGCUCACGAACCGACUCCAACGUCUUUGCUCAGAGUUUUGUUGAGGGUGCCGGGCAUCAAGGUAAAGAAAAACACCACCAUCAUCCGGAAAGAUACCAAACCAGCGACAUGGAAAUGGAGAUUGAAACAUUGAAGACGGAAAAAAUCAAAUACGAAGCUGAAAUGCAGAUUAGAGAUGACAGGAUUCAGCAACUGCUUCAUGAUAUUCAAACCAUGGAAGAAAAAUGUGCCGAAUCGGACCAAAAUGUCGCACAAGUAAUAAAAAUGCAAGAUGACGUCGAUAUUUUGCAAAACGCUCUUAGAGAUAUAGCCGAGGCUCUUAUACAAGAUGCGGACACGAAGGAACUGGAAAUCUUACAAGCAACUCACUUACAUUUGAGUGCUUCAACGCCUAUACCUCAAAAAUCUCCAAGAAGAACUGUUCGAGGUCUAACAUCUCCAGCAGCCUUCGCUGAAAGUACCAUUUCGGCAGUACAAGCUGCCUUAAAUCGAUAUCAGUCUUAUAUUCACGAACUACAGGUCAAACUCCAGUCAAAUAAGGAGCAACUGUUGCUAGUUCGAAAACAAUUAGACAACUCCGAAGACACGGUGUCAGCCUUAGAGAAAAAAUCUAAGGACCUGGUGGCACAGCUCGAUUCCUGCAAGGCCCGCGGCUCCCAAAUCGCUCAGGAACGCGACGGCUUAGUGAAAACCCUGGAUGUUCUCAGAGCGGAGAAACACCAACUGGAACGAACCAAGGCCGAUCUGAAUUCGGCCUUGGACUCGUUGAGCCAGGACUGCGAUAAACUGGCCAAGAGCAAUAACAAAUUACAAAAGGAAGUGGACGCUUUUCAACAGGAGAAGAUGUUUUUGCAGGGGGAAGUGGACAGGUUGAAUCAGGAAGGUGAACUGAGGGAAAUCAGUUUAAGAGGAGAGGAAGACAGAUGUAGCAGAAUGAGAGAAGAGCUGCUUACUGUUCGCGAAGAACUCAACAAAAUGUACCUGACCAACGAUAUGUUGGAACAACAAAAACUGGAAGCCGAGAACAUGAUUUCCAACCUGGAAAAAAUCAAAAUGGACUACGAACUCCAACUGGACAAACUAAUGGGAGAAAGCUCUAACGUACAAGACUCUUUGGUCAAAAAGGAAACCAUAGCAACCAAUUUGGAAAUGGAUAAGAAGAAGUUACAGGACGAUUUGAAAAGAUUAGAAGACGAAAAACUAGCCUUACAAAUGCAAUGCAACGAUCAUCAAAACGAUAUACAGUCUCUCAGAAAAGAACUGCUUCAAGCAGAACAACAAAAACUCGAUCUAGAGUCUGACAAAGUGUCGCUAUCCGAAAAAUGUAAAUUUUUGGAAAUAGAAAAAGGAAAGAUCGAAUUGGAAUUAAAUCAAGUGACCAGGGACAGAAAUGACCUCAGCAAUCAGCUGACGGUCAUGGGAAGAAAACGAGAUGCUUUGAACGAAGAACUGAUGAGAUGUCGCCAAAAGCUGGAACAGACCAACGAGACCAAUGCCAGAAUCAACAGAACUCUUGAGGAAUUGGUUAAAGAAUGCGAAGAAAAACAGUGCACCAUAGACGCUAUGGACAAAGAAAUCCAACGCAUCCAAGAAAUCUUCGCCUCGGUCAGAUCAGAAAAGGAAGCCCUAGAAGCGGUCCUUUUCGACACUCAGACCAACCUCGAAGCCUGCGAGGACAAGAAGCUCCAACUCGAAAAAGAAGUGCAAGAACUGCUCGUCAAACAAGAACAGUUCAAGUCCCACGUUGCCAAACUUACCAAAGACCUGGAAAGGUCCGAAAAACGAUCGGCCGAGAUCAAGAACAGCAUGGCACAUCAAGCCGGUAACAAGGAGGUUGAAUUUAAGCAAACCGUGGAAAAGUUGAGGAGCCAAAAUGAAGAAAAUGUCAGGAAACUGACGGAAGAGAGGGAGAAAAUUAGGGUUUCGUUGGAGAAGAGACUGCAACAGUCUUUGCAGCAGUUAGGCAAUGAGAAGAACGCGGAGAUUCAGCAGCUGAUGGACCGAAUUGAGGCUCUACAGAACCAUAUAGAUAAUUUGUGUCAGCAGCACGAAGAAUUGAUGCUUAGAGCAGAGAAUGAUAAGCAACAGGCUCUACUUAUUGCGCAUCACGAUCAAAAAGCGCUUCACGAAAAACUGGAAACUACCAAACGCGAGCUUGAGGAUGAGAGAGAAAACCUGGAAAGGUUAAAACGAGACGCGAACAGUAGAUUUGACCAAGACAGAGUGUGCAUCAAUCAGCUCAAAGAUGAACUGAACAAAUUCAAGGCGAGAUUGGAAGAAGCCAAGACCAGAAACGAAGAGGACAGGAUUAGUUUGCAGCAGAGAAUUGACGAAAUUCGCUUGGAAAGAGACAAUGCACAAAACGAAGUGGAAAAUUUGAAAGUUCAAUUGCACCUGUGUGAAGACAAAGGGGAAAGCAUCAGUAAUUUGUUACAUGAGACAACAAGAAAGCUUAAAGAAGCUGAAAAUAAUGGUGAAUGUAUGAGAAAAGAAUUGACAGAUGUCAGACGAUUGCUGGCGGACAGCAACUUCGAAAAAGAAAAGUACCACAACAUCAACAAGGAAUUGAGAGAUCACAUCAAACGAACUGAAAGUGAAAAGCGUGAACAAAGCAGACAGAUUGAAGAGGCCUAUCAGAAAAUAGCAAAUCUAGAAGAAAUCAAGUCAUCUCUCGACAACGAAAGGUCACGAAUCCAGAACCAAAUCCGGGAUUUGGAAAAAGAACAAUUACAGAGUGAUCACAAAGCUCAAAGUUUGCAGGAAGAACUACAGCGGGCGCAAGCAGCUGGGUCUCAACAGCAACAAGAAGAAAAGGAACUACAAGCCAGGCUGCUCAAUGAGGUUGAAGAGCGAGAGAGAUCACAUCAAGAAGUCCACCAAUUGAGGAAACAGAUGUCUGAACUGGAAAGGAACUUGGAACACACCAGACAGGAACUGAGUAGAACCAGAUCACACACUGGCCAACUUGAAGAACAGUGGCAUGCCAGAGAACAAGACCUACUCAUCCACCUGGAAGACUACAGGGUGAAGGAAAAAAGACUGGAAGACCAGAAACAUAACCUAGAAGUGUGUUUGGUGGAUGCCACGCAACAAAUCCAGGAACUCAAGGCGAAACUAGGAGGCGCAGAAGGUAGAAUCAGAGCCCUUGAGACACAGUUGGCUCAGUUAGAGUCUUCCAAAAGAGACGUUGAGCAGAAGUUGUUCAGUGUGGUCUCGACGUUAAGAAGAAUAGCUGGGAUACAGCUUGAUGGCUCUGUAUCCAUGCCUUACAGAUUACUGAGUCCAUCAAGGAGGUGGAGUCCUGCCAGGGCUCAUGACGAAAAAGAUGGUAGUAUCGAUGUAGAUCCGGAAGUAGUAAGAAAGGGUGUUAGAAAUCUGAUGCAACAAGUAGCACAGAUUGAAAGAGAAAGAGAUGAUUACAAAACUCAAGUCAACACGGUCAAAAAACAACUCCAAGAAGCGCACGAUAGUCAGAACAAAGGCGACCACAAACUGACCAAAGUGAUGCAGAGUUUGAAGACUCUACAGGAGGAAAAGGGUAGUUUGGAAGCGAGGUUAGGGCAGAAAAAUGUAGAGCUACAAUCUCAGACCGAAGCGCUACAUAAAAAGUCGGAAGAAGCUAAGCAAAUGAGGGAAAAAGUGGUUUCUUUGGAGCUGAGUCUGAGUGGGGAGAGUGAACAGAAGUUGCAGUAUGAGGACAAAUUGGAGAAGCUCAAAGCGGCACUGAACAGAUCAGAAGCAGAAAAACGACAUCUUCAAGAAGAACUAGCACGAACAGAAAACAGAUCUACCAAACUAGAAUUACAGAGAAUGUCUGCAGAAGGUGAUCUACAACGAUUACAAAUGAUGCUACAAGAAAAAGACGGCACCAUACAAAAGUUGCAAGAAAAAUGCGACCUACAAAGCAGAUCUGUGGCGAGUUUAGAAGAAAGAUGCGUAUCGCUUAAAUCAACUAUAGACCAAUUAAAUUGUUCCUUGGAAAAAGUGUCAAACAGUGAGAGUGAACUGAAAGCUGAGUUACAAAGAUUACAAAGAAAUUUGAUGGAAACUGUGUCUAGUCAGCAUACUGAAUCAGAGAGGCUUAAACAAGUACAAAAAGCUUUAGCAAACUGCGAAAACGAACGCAGAGUACUGUCAGAAAGAAUGGAAAGUACCCAGAACCAACUAGCUGAAAUGAGAAGGAACAACCAAAUUCUACAAGACCAAGUAACAAGACUGAACAAUGAGUUGGCGAACAAUGAAGUCCAAAAAUCAGCUUUAGAAUCUCAAUUAAGGUUAGCUCAAUGGCCAGCAGAUAGUCAGAUAGGAUCUUCUCAUCAAGAAGAUGAACUAAGAAUGCAGCUGCAUUCAAUCCAAAAAGAGAGAAAUGAUCUUAGAGGCAAAGUAGAGUCCAUGAAUAACAAGCUACGACAACUGGAAACAGAAAACAGAAAUUUGGAACGUCUGGCUUCCAAACCAACGUCCAGAGCAAAGUCGUAUGAAAAAUCAUAUGAUCGGCUGGAAAAAUCCUACGAUAGACCGGAAAAAUACGAAUCAGAACUAACGAGCAGCGAAUUGGAUAAAUGCGAACAAGAAAAUCGGGAAUUAAGGUUGAGAAUAUCACGAUUAGAAACAGAUCUAGCGGACAAAGAAGCAGAAUUAGCUAGAUUAAGGAACCAAAGACCCAGUUUGGACACCAAAUUUGACAGAGCCGAAAUAGAAAGAUACAGGGCGGCCCAACUUCAGGCCGAACGUCUUCUUGAAGCUAGAGAACAAAGUCACAGACAGCAGAUCUCGCGUUUAGAGAGCCAAGUUAAACUAUUAAGAGAGCAACUGAAUGAAGAGAUAAAGAGACGUCAGCAAUACGUGCUGAGAAGUACAAAAGCUGGUCGCGAGAUGCAACAAUUAAGACAAGCGUUGGGCGAUUCACUGAGAACAGUAUCCCAAGAUCCUUCAGUAGAUGCUUUGUUGUUGGAACAUGAAGCCAGAAAACUAGAUACAACAUUAUCAAGCACUGCCAGUUUGCCACCAAGUUUAAAUCUACCUUCUUCUUCAUACAGGAGGUCUAUGACUCCUCAACCAAAAUAGAAUAGUAUUUAAAUAGUUCUUUAUUAAAUAAUUCCUAAACUUACUUAGGACAAAAAAAAACCUUAGAAAUAACCGAAUUCGUAUUAAUUUUGUUUUCCAAAAAUCUAGAGGUUAAAUCUAAAUAAAACAUUUGUAAUGCCUAGAUAUAACAUAAUUAGCACCGAAAAGUUACCAAAGAUUCUUUUUAAUUUUUAAGUAAAUACUUAAUUGAAUUUUUCAUUUCAAAACUCACAUAAAUAAUUUAGUCACAGUAACUAAAAGACUGUCAACAAACAGUGUAGUUCAUGCACUAAAUCUCAUCUUUUUAUUUAAAAUAACUAAAAAAAUACACAAUAGGUUAUAUUAUAAAGUAAUAAUUUGCAUAGAAAAAAAUAUAUAUUCACGCUCAUAAUGAUGUCCAUUUCAUAAAAAAAUCUUGCCAAAAAAUCAUAUUUAUUUUACUUUAUUUUGUUGUAUGAUUUAGAUUUUAAUUUAAUGUUUUCGACUAAAAGUACUUAAAAUACAGUGUAUUUAUUAUCCGUCCAAUUUUGUAUGUUUGAAUGAUAUAAAUGCUUUAAUAAAAUGAAUGACACUG